AUGUCUAGUCAUACGGUCAAUAGGAUUCCGCUGACCAUAAGGAAAUUUUUAAGGAUAUACGUUCUUGCUUCGCAAAAAGUGGCUGGUAGCCGAAGUGAAGUUGUGAGGAAUUAUUUUUACCAUACAUCUGAUGAAUUUAGAAGAUUUCAGACUUAUAAAUUACUUCGACAAAAUACAAUACAUUGUCCUAAUUUCCCACCCUUGAUGAGAAAACUUGUUGGGCCAAUAGUUGACGGAGGACUAGAUUUAGGUGAACUAGAAAAUCUAUCAACUGACGAGUUGUUCAACCUUCCGAAGGAUUAUGAAGAAAUGCCUAUAUAUUCUGAAUACGGUUCAACAGUGAAGAACUUCACUAAUCACGAGGCCCAGAUCCUUUCAUCAUUUGCAUCAUAUUUAAAUCCGUACAAAAGUUUACCUCAGACAAAGAGUCAACGACAUUCAUUCAAGUGGUACUUGAAAUUAUUGAAGAAUACACCAGUAUUUCUAAUAUUAUCGCAGAGGCACAAAUUAUUCUCAGAGACAUCUUUAUAUCAAAUCAACAAGCCAUUGAUCGAUAUAAACAGCGAAAUAAUAAAACUUGGAAAUAAGCUAGGUAGAGAAUUAAAAGGUGAGAGUGCCAAAAGGAACUACCACUUGACUGAUUUAGCGACUAUAGACAUCUUCACCAUGGCAUUGAAAAGCUUCGACUCUUUCAGUAAUAAUUUUGGUGACAGUUUCAAAAGUGUAUUAUCUGAAGUUGAUUGGAACGAAAUAGACCAAAGAGUAGAUCAGCUUUCAGAUAAAUUAUUCUCCAGUAAAAUUUUGGAUAUCAUAGACACGAAAACUGGCAAGAAAAUCAUAGACCCAUUUUCUUUAAGCGACAACUUCGGGAAACAAUAUAGUUUACUGUCGAUACGUAAGAAAUUGGAGAAUUCAAAUAUUGAAGAAGUUUUUCCCUUUGAUAUGGUUUACAAUCAGUAUUAUAUUUUAACUAUUGAAGACCCAGUUCUACACCAAGACCACUCAAGUCUAUUGAAAUUGAUAGAGAAAUCCGAUUUUGAGGUUUUAGGCGCAAGAAUAUCCCUUGAAAAUGAUUUGAUCAAUGAUUAUUUGAAAUCAAGCUUGAUUAAACAUGAAGCGGUUCUGGAUUAUGAGAGCCUUUUACAGCAUGCAGCUAAGAGGCAUAAUGGUUCUCGUGGUAAUAUUGAUCAUUUAAUGAAGAGCUUAGGUGGACUUGGUCUCACUAGAGUGGAGCAAGAUUUCCGUAAAAAUUGUAUAUAUUUACUCUCAUAG